AUGGAAACUUUCAGCGAAAAGUAUACUUACUUUGAAAACAAAGACGUAAACUGGGACCUGAACUUGGAGAAUUUGAAUGAUAAUUCAGGUGAUAUUGCCGACGGACCUAUGAGCACGGAGUUGGUACAUGACGAUUUCGACCAGGAUCACCAAGAGUUGAUGCCGCUAUUAGCUUUCACGGCUGAUUCCUCCACCUUUUUUCCGCCGCCGUCUUUAUCUUCUUGUUCGAAGGGGCCAGAUAUGCUGAUGUCGCGCAUCCAGAAUACCUGGCACGGUAUGUUGCGCUGGACUCGUCCGUCAGCUACAAUGAUUGAGGUGUCCCCCUUUCAAUCACGAUAUACACGUGAGCAGAAAGAAAAAUGGGUUGUACGAGGAGCGUUCCCUGCUCUUCCAGCUGCGCCGGCUCCCACGAUGGAGGAGUUGUCGUCUAGCGAUCGUUUGUUCAAGGGACAUCAGUCAGCUCCGUCGACUCGUCAUGGUUUCUGUCCUCAUUGCGGUACCGUCGCCUCGUCCUUGAAGUACAGAGGACACCUAGUUCUCGCCAAUCUCACACCGUACCAUCUCAUCCUGCCCACAAGAGGAGAUAGCUGCAUGGUUUAG